AUGCCAGACUUUGGCCAUACAGAUGGCUACGACGACUCGAACCGGGCUUUUCUUCAAGCCUUUCUUGCUCGCAGCGUAUUGACUCUCGAAACCGCCAAACCCAUCCUUGCUGCACUCUUAACCUACCGAGACGGCCGCGAGGUCCAGCCUCAAGAUGCCACCAUCGAAGACCUAAAUAUGUACAUUGCAGAAGCGAACCGCAGACUAUCCCCUCUCGACCUCGAAAUCAGAAGCACAUUUCACCAACAAACCCGAGAACGAGUCUAUGCGUUGGUCAAUACGACGAGUGAUCCUCUCACACAGCUGGCCACCACAUACACACCCGACGAGAUUGUCUACCUCAAGAAGCUCCUUGACGCGAUGUUUGAUGGCCAAAACAACAAGGGAAAGAGGGAGGCUAUGUGUCUGAGCGGUAUCGACGCUAUACAUGUUGGGCGAGCGCAGGGCAGUAGGCGGGACACGGAGAAUGGGAGUGCGACGCAGUCCAAUGCUGGCAUGCUGGGCGCUAGAGACGCCGAGGCAAUGCUGAACAAGUUGCUUGAAGAGGGCUGGCUCGAGAAGAGUAGACACGGCUUUUACAGUCUGAGUGCCCGGGCGUUGAUGGAGUUGAAAGGCUGGCUCGUCGACACGUACAAUGAUGAAGACGACGAUGGGGCAAGAAGGGAGAAGAUCAAGUUCUGUCAUGCUUGCAAGGAGAUCAUAACUGUGAAUUUCUUCCGGAUGCAGAGAUCGCAGACGUGUCCUAUCUGCAAGACAGAGUGGGACGGACAGCAUUAUGUCGGGGAAAAAGCAAUAACGACAUCCGAGAGUUAUCAGAUGAGUCGAAGAAAGAGUGGUCAUAGAAGGCAGACGGAGACCCCAAGACAGAGGGAAGCCGUUGUUGACGAGGACGAGGGAAGUACUUGA